CCGCAAUUUGCAGCCGACUUUCCUCCCUCUCUCUCAUCCUCUCCAUCCCACCACGCAGCCAUCUCACUUGGUUUUUCAAUCUCUGUCGCAAUCGUUAACACCACCAUUUCUCACAAAAUGGCGGAAGGCAACGACAAGAGCUCAAACCCCAUGCGGGAGCUGCGUAUCGACAAAUUGGUGUUGAACAUCUCCGUCGGCGAAUCUGGUGAUCGUCUCACUCGUGCCGCCAAAGUGUUGGAACAACUGUCGGGUCAAACCCCCGUCUACAGCAAAGCUCGCUACACCGUUCGAUCAUUCGGUAUCCGACGUAACGAAAAGAUUGCCGUGCACGUCACGGUGCGAGGACCCAAGGCCGAGGAAAUUCUCGAGCGAGGACUCAAGGUCAAGGAAUACGAACUGCGCAAGAAGAACUUCAGCGAGACCGGCAACUUCGGAUUCGGUAUUUCGGAACACAUCGAUCUUGGUAUCAAGUACGACCCUGCGAUCGGUAUCUACGGAAUGGAUUUCUACACCAUCAUGAGCCGCCCAGGUGCCAGAGUUGCCAGAAGACGUCGGGCUAAGUCGAGGGUUGGACGAAGCCACCAGGUCACCCGUGACGACACCGUCAAGUGGUUCAAGACAAGAUUCGAGGGUAUUGUCCGAUAGACAGAUAGACAAACGGAGCAAAAUUGUCAUCAUGUCUCGUUGUCGGUGGAAAAGAGGGAUUUCCUCUCUUGGAGCAUGAUCUUGCUUGUUACACACAAGGUGGUUCUGUGGUAUAUGGAUCGAACUUGAUCACCAUGCACUACAACCCAUCCCUUUCCAGACACGCGCCUCAUACCUAGUCUGGUGCUCUCAUACUGCUUCUGCCAGACACGGUCUAUUCAUCCAAGGACAAAAAGUGCUGGACGUUGCUGAAUCUAUGUAUCAUGGCGAGCAGUGGUCAUUAUCGGCCUUGCCACAAUCAAAACGCUGAACCAACCUAAA